CUUUGAGGAGCUGUUUAGCUCGAGCUGCUUCACCGUUUUCAUCAGGAAAUCUCGAGAGAAAUCAAAGAGCGGGGAUUAAAGGGAGCCUCCACAGCUUCAAGCUUUAACGGGUUGGGCUGCCCUAACCACCACACCCCACCAUGCCUUUGGUGACGAGGAACAUAGAGCCGCGGCAUUUGUGCCGUCAGACCAUCCCCACCAACAUCCGCAGUGAGCUGGAGUGUGUGACCAACAUCAGCCUGGCCAACAUCAUCCGGCAGCUCGGCAGCCUCUGUAAAUUUGCAGAGGAUGUGUUUGGGGAGCUGUUUGUGGUGGCUGGAGCAUUUGCCACCAGAGUCAACUCACUGGGAGAAAGAGUUGAUCGUCUGCAGGUUAAAGUCACCCAGCUGGACCCCAAAGAAGAAGAAGUUUCUCUGCAGGCCAUCACUUCCCGUAAGGCCUUCCGCAGCAGUCUGACCCAGGACCAGCAGCUGUUCACCAGGCCGUCUCUGCCGGAGCCUGUGCAAGAGACCUACACGACCUGCAAUCCUCCUCCACCCCUCAACCACCUCAGUCAAUACCGGGAUGAUGGGAAGGAGGCCCUGAAGUUUUACACCGAUCCCUCCUACUUCUUUGACCUGUGGAAGGAGAAGAUGCUGCAGGACACCAAGGACAUCAUGAAGGAGAGGCGCAAGCACAGAAAGGAGAAGAAAGACCAUCUGAACCCCCGGAUGGUUAACGUUCGAAAGAUCAAGACCAGGAAGGAUGAGUGGGAACGCCUCAAGAUGGGAGAAGAGUUUGUCGUGGCAAAGAAUGAACUAAAUUCUGACGGUCUGAACGGCAGUAUCGGAUCAGGGGAUGGCUUUAGUCCUGGAGGCCUUGAUCUGAGUACCGGCUCCUACGCUUUCGAUCCUGGCUCCCCUCUGCCUACACCUGGUACGCCUGGUCCUGAAGACUUCCUGCCUCCUCCACCCCCAGACAUGGCGUAUAAUGACGGACAGUAUGGAGCGCCGGCACAGAAGCGCACCAGCGUGAUGAGUCCAACCCACCCUCCUCCAGCUCCCCCCAUGGCCUCUUCACCACCAAACUCCCGUCCAGGUCUCUCUCCUCCUCCUGCUCCACCUCCCCCUCCUCCACCCUCCGGUUUCGGAGAACCGCCACCUCCACCUGGCUUUGGCGCCCCACCCCCUCCACCUCCUCCUUCCUUUGGCAACUCUUAUCCAUCUCCACCUGCUCCGCCUCCCCCACCUGAUAUGCCCACUGUUGCUCCUCCCCCACCACCUAUACCUUCAGGUGGCGGGCCGCCACCUCCUCCACCACCUCCUCCGCCUCCCGGGCCUCCUCCUCCUCUAUCCUCUGACAGUUCUGCUCCUCCACCGCCCAGCAGUGGAGUGGCACCCGCCUCUGCUCCUAAACCUCAACCAGCUCCUCCCAGCGAUGCUCGCAGUGACCUCCUGCAGGCCAUUCGGCAAGGUUUCAACCUGCGUAAAGUGGAAGCGCAGCUGGAGCAGGAGAAGAGGGAUCACUCUGGCAACGAUGUGGCCGCCAUCUUGUCUCGUCGUAUCGCUGUGGAGUGCAGCGACAGUGAGGAUGACUCAUCAGAGUUUGACGAUGAGGAGUGGUCCGAAUGAUCGCCAUCUCUUUUUGUCGUCACUACCGCCAUGUUCCCUUAGCCUUGAUCAGCAUCUGUCACAUUCUUUAAGUACAUGUUUGUUUGUGCAGGUAGGACGAAUUGACAUUUUUAUAUCACAUUUCUUGACCAGUUUAAUUCCAUUUAUUCAGACUAACUCGUAUCAGGUGCGAUGGUGCAAAGAAGAAGAAUAAGUUUAACUAUUUCCUGUUUGACUCCCCAGUUUACCUUCAUUUGUCUGGGCAACGCACCACUGUUGAUCUAGUAGUAUUAUAUGUGAUGUUGUGCCCUUUGUCUGUGAUCAUCUGCUUCAACACAUCAACUCCAUCUCUGUUUUUAGUGCCUAUAAUCAGAAAACACCAUGAACUUCAGGCAAACCACUUUUUUUACUCACUGCAGUAAAUUAUGACGACAUAACGGUGGAUGUUGACACACUUGAUGUUGACCUCCGAUGUUUAAAAAUAGCUUUAGUCUAGACUAAAGUCUUAGUCACAGAUUAUGCAAUAGAUUCAAAGUUUACAUUUUAAAGUGUAUUUACCAAAGUUAAUUAUUUCAAGAAUUUAAAAGUCCUUCCAAGACACAACCUGGUUGCCUUUUCCUCCCCACCCCUUUGUAUUUUUGUAUUUUUUGCUAUGACCACGGGAACAAAUUAUUGUAGCUCGUAAGCUCUUAAAUUAAUGAUUCAUGAUGAUGGAAGAUAGAUUCUGACAUGUCUUACAACAAGGAUGCCAGGUUGAACUUAUGCAAACAUUUUCCCUAAAUUCUUUAUAUUUUAUAACGUAUUAUAUCUAUGCUUUCUUGAUAAUUUUUUUUUGUUUGUUUCUUUUCUGUGUAUGGGGGGGAAUGAAGUAAUUAUUUAGCUUUAACCAGUGAUAAAGAUUUGAGGUAGCCUGUUGCCUCAUUAUGUGCCUUUUUGUGCUGCAUUUCAUUGCCUGUGCAUUAACAUUCACUGGUCCUAAGUAAAAUGAUACCGCAUCAUUUGAUAAAUAACAUUUAAAGUGCCUUUCCUGUUAAGU